CUGACCCCGGGCCCCCGGGGCCGCGAUGACCUGGGAGCUGCUGCUCUGGCUGCUGGCGCUGUGCGCGCUGCUCCUGCCCGUGGUGCAGCUGGUACGGUUCGUGCGUGCCGACGGCGACCUGACGCUGCUGUGGGCCGAGUGGCAGGGGCGUCGGCCAGAAUGGGAGCUGACUGACAUGGUGGUGUGGGUGACUGGAGCAUCAAGUGGCAUUGGCGAGGAGCUGGCUUUCCAAUUGUCUAAACUAGGAGUUUCUCUGGUGCUUUCGGCCAGAAGAGUGCCCGAGCUGGAGCGGGUGAAGAGAAGGUGCCUGGAGAAUGGCAAUUUAAAAGAAAAAGAUAUAUUGGUUUUGCCUCUUGACCUGACAGACCGAAGUUCCCAUGAGGUGGCUACUAAAACGGUUCUCCAGGAGUUUGGUAAAAUUGACAUUCUAGUCAACAAUGGUGGAAGAUCCCAGCGUUCCUUGGCUCAGGAUGCCAACAUGGAUGUGUUUAAGGAACUCAUAGAGCUGAACUACUUGGGGACAGUGUCCUUGACAAAGUCUGUUCUGCCUCACAUGAUGGAGAGGAAGCAAGGAAAGAUCGUUGUCAUCAACAGCCUUUCGGGAAUUGCAUCUGUACCCCUUUCCAGUGGAUACUGUGCCAGCAAACAUGCCCUCCGGGGUUUUUUUAAUAGUCUCCAAACUGAACUUACAGAGUAUCCAGGCAUAACAAUUUGUAACAUUUACCCAGGACCGGUACAGUCAGACAUCGUGAAGAAUGCCCUAACAGAAGACAUCGCAAAGCCUUUAAUCAACAGUGGAGACCAACAUUACAAGAUGGCAGCUGAUCGCUGUGUCCAGUUGAUGCUAAUCGCCAUGGCCAAUGAUUUGAAAGACGUUUGGAUCUCUGACCAGCCUUUCUUGUCGGUAGCAUAUGUGUGGCAAUAUAUGCCAACCUGGGCCUUAUGGCUAACCUGCAAGUUAGGGAAGAAAAGAAUUAAAAACUUUAAGAGUGGUAUGGAUGCAGAUUUGUAUUUUAGUAAGUGGAAGACUAAACAUGAGUGAACGAACACUUGGAGUUUUUGAUACCGGUGAGAGAAAUGGAAAGCAUCACUACAGUAACGCUGUGCCCAGAAGACCAGCCAUGGAUAUGUUAUGACUUUACUUUUUGAUACAACUUUCUAUUCAGUGUGUAAUGAAUAAUAAGUAAAACACUGCCUUGUAUCUUGUAAGAAUAUGUGAAUAAUAAAAUAACAAUCAGAUAAAAUAACAUUUAAAAACAA